AGGAGGAAUUUCGUUCCAAAUCUCGUACGUAAAGCUGGGCAAGUGGAGGGAGCGGACAGAGAGGCACAGUUGAUUUGAUUCUUCCUCGCUUCCUAGUAUGGAAUCAUUGGGGAGAUGACAGAUUUUCUGGCGUUGUUUCCUGUCUUUCUCCUCGACAAGGCGCGAGGGAAUCCUUUCCGUGAGAUAGAUUCCCGAGGGGGGCAUAUGAAAUUUUACCGAAUGCAGGACGGUGAGCGGAAGUGCCAUGCAAUUCUGCGAGGCACCGCUCCUUCCUUCCUUCCUCCAUACCCCCCCAAUCUCUCCCUCUCUCUGUUCUUACUAUCUUCCUUCUCCGGCAGGCAGGCUGGCAGGUUACUUGGCCCUCCUAGCCAAACGCAGCAGACGCAGCAGCCCACAUACGGAAACGACAUACGGGGAGGGGAGUCUAGGCGGAGGAGGACGAGGAUUAAGGACGAUACAGAUGGCCCGAAUGGAAAGCCCCUUUCCCUUUCCCUUCCCCCCCUUCUUCGGGUUUGCGGCGUAGGCAUCAUGGGACGAAGGAUGAAGGAGGCCGGAUGCUCGCUGCAUCUACCUACCUGCAGCACAAAGUCCCUCUGGCGUCGUCAUCGUCGUUCUCCCCCCCCUCUCUACCACGCCCUACAUCUUCUUCCCCAGUUCUUCAGAGAGAGGUGAGAGACAUGGUUGAGUUGACGCAGUGACAAGAUGGCAUAUACACACACAUCUACACCUACACGUAUCUUGACGUUCAUCCGGAAAGUAUGUACCAGCAACUAGUA